GAAGAACCCUAGUGAGAGUACGUAAGGAAUGCUAGGAAAAUUUCCUACCAGUCCUCUGCGGCACUUACAGUUGAAGCCCCUUGCGUCCCGUCAUGAUGCAGCACCACACUCAUGGCCAUGGCAGGUGUCUCUCCGUAAAAACGGUUACCACUCUUGCGGCGGAUCCCUAAAAAGGCCUGAUUGGAUUGUAACGGCAGCACAUUGCGUCCACAAAACUCCAGAUCCAAACGCGUACACAGUAGUUUUAAUUCAAUAUUUACCACCAGAUUUAACGAACAUAUUACAUACAUUUUACAUACAUGCUCGUUAUGUUGGGGUGAUAUUGUUACCAUUCUCUCUAUCUUCAGGUGCUCACAGGCGAAAAGGAACAACGGACGCGCAAGAAAGUGUAAAAGUCAAAGCAAUACAUAAACACAGCGGUUUUAACAUGAAACAUUUGAGACACGACAUAGCUGUUCUUCAACUGGAAAGGCCAGUGGAAUUGAAUGACAAAGUUACAACAGUUUGUAUGCCCAGCAAAACACCAGAUUUAAACGCUAAUUGUUACAUAACAGGUUUAUCGCAUAACAGUAAAUUAUCGCAUGUUUUAAUUGUAUACUGUAAAUUUUAAUAUAUUGUAAAGUAGUCUAGUGUACCCAAUUAAUUCUUAAUUUCGUAUUCUUAACUGUAUAUUUUAAAUCUUAAUCUAUUGUAGCGUACUAGUGUCCCCAAUUAGCUUCUGUAAGCUAAAUACUUACCCUGACACUUAAAUAAAGUUAUUAUUAUUAUUAUUUGUUAAGUUCCGGCUUCUUUUUAUUUUGCAAGAAUAUGACUUCGUGUUCUCUUUGAUCUCUGGCAGCAGACUGAGGCUCAUCUCAAUCUCCACUUAUACGUUGUAGGCUGGGGGCGCGUUUCUGGUUGGGGUCCACUUGCUGAUCAACUGAAACAAGUCAAGCUGCAGGUCCGGUUUGAUGAAGAUUGUGAGGCAAAAUACAGGAAUUUAUAUGAGAGAAAUGUUCAUUUGUGCGCCGGGGAAGGACGGGUACGAACCUCUGGUGGUUGCCAAGGAGACAGUGGUGGACCAUUCGUUUGUGAGAUGGGAGACACUUGGUAUCUGCAAGGUGCCGUUAGUUUUGGAAUGACACGUUGUACUACUACAUAUUACUAUACAGUGUUCACAAAGAUUACCAGUCACGAAUCAUGGCUUCUUGAAAUCAUAGGUUUGUUAUUGCGUUUUAUAAAUUUUCUCGCAGACUCUUCCCGAUCGACGGCUACGUGUUUCACUACCGUCAUUCAUCUUAGCAAACCUUUCAGGAAACAGAA